AUGGAUUAAGAAUUAGAUUUACAAACAAGCAUAUCAUCAAUAGAUAUAGAUUCAUCAGGUAAGAAUUUGGUUGUAGGAGGGAGGGAGAUAUUAAAAAUAAUAGAUUUAGAUUAAGUGAAUAAAAAGAUGAAUAUAAAAUAAAAUUUGAGGAGACAAGGUACAAAAUUAGCAAUAGGUUAUGUUGAAUUCAAUAGAAGAAAACCAACUCUAUUGUUGGCAGCAUCAGUUUAGGGGUAGUUUUAAGUUUGGGAUAUUGAUAAAUAAAAAGAAACAGUAUAUAGAAAUCAUUAAGCAGCAAUACAUAGAAUGAAUUGGCAUAAUGAGAAUUGUUUUAUAAGUGGUGGGCAAGACUAUACAAUUAAUUAUUAUGAUUAUCGUUAAUCAACUGCAUAACCAAUAUUUACAUUAUAAAGAAAUGAAGCUAUUCGUGAUAUUAAAUUUAAUAUAAAUAGAGAUAAUUACUUUAUGGCAGCAUCAGAUACAGGUUAGUUAGAAUAUUUUGACAUAAGAAAAUAAUAAGAUAUAGUAACUGAAAUUAAUUUAAAAGGUAGAAAACAAGACCCAAAAACAAAUUUAAUUAUUUGUUUAGAUUGGACAAAAGAUAACGUUUUGGCCAGUGGAUCUAAUGAUAAAGAAAUUAAAAUCUUAUAAGUAGAGAAUCAUUCAGAAAUAAGAGAAAACGGAGUCAUUUAACAUAUUGAUGGAUCUUCUCACAUUAAAUGGCAUGUAUAAAACAAUUCACUUUUAAGCGUAUCUUCUCUUAAUAGAGAUAUAUCAGUUACUACAUAUGAUAUACGAACACCUUUUCGUCCUAUGCAUAUUGUUAAAGGCCAUAAUGAUAUAAUUACUUCCUUUGUUUUUAAUUAAGAUGAAUAAUAUAUCUUUACUGGAUCUAAAGAUAAAUAUUUAAAAAUGUAAUCUGUUCGAUAAGCAUAUUAAGUAUAUAACAAUUGUCCUAUAUUUCCAGUUGCAUUUAAUUAAUAUAAUGAUAUACUAAUGAAAUUAGAAUCUCCAUAUUCUUCUCACUAAGAAUUGGAAAAGUCCAAUCAUUUUGUCAUGAAUAUAUAACCUAUAUAAAAGUAAUCAUCUAAUGAUGAAUUUUAUAUUUCAAAGGCUAAGACAUAAAAUACUUCACAAAAUAAUUUACUUCAAAAUUCUAUGUAAGACAUUCUAAAAGCAACAUCAGUUCCUUAAAAUUAAUAAACUCAAAAAACAAAUAUUAGAUCCAUAUUUUAUAUAGAAGCUAUUGAUUAAAAAUUUGAUCCAAAAAUCCCUUUUGAAGAAGAAUUAAAAUAUUUUUAAAAGAAUUAUAAUUCAAAAAAAGAUUUUUCAUUUAAUAGUAAUAUAGCAUUACAAAUUGAUAAACAAGAAAUAGCACAUUAUUGGAAAGCCUUAGAACAUCUUAUUAAUGAUCUUAAAAAAUUAUCAAAAGAUAUUAGCUCAAAUAGUAUUAUACAAGAUUGUCCUGUCUAAAUACCAAAUAAAACUAAUGAUUAAUCUGAUGAUGAUUAAAAAUCUCCUUUAGAAUAAACAACACAAGUUACAAAAAAUAAUAAAUAACAUGAAAAAAAAUAAUUAGAUUCUCAAGAUCUAUAAAAACUUUAUAAAUAUUUUGAAAAAUAUCCUGCAGCAUUUAGAUAAGAAUUAGAUAGCAAAAAUAUUAUAAUUGAAGAUUAAAAUCAUUUGAAAAUUCAUAUAGAAAGAAUUCCUUACUAUAAGAAUUUAUUAAGAACAAUGACUCCUAUGGGAUAUUUGUUGACAGAUAAAUAAUAAAUGAUGUAAUAAUAUUAUUAUCAAUUUAAUUAGUUAAGUUAUUUCAAAUUCUAUUCUUUAAUUAAUUUAACAUGUUAUAGAUUAAGGAGAACUUUCAAGUGGAUUUUGGAUGUUAGCAUGUUCAAAAAACUAUGUACAAUUUCCUGAUUUUUAUGCCAGAAAAUGGACUUAAUCUUAUAUUGAUUUAUUAGUUGCCUUUGGAAAACAUACAUUAGCUAUGAAAGCUGCAUUAGAAAGCCCAGUUGAAUAAUUUAGAGCAAGUAAUAAAUAUGUUACAAAUUAUAAAUGUCUUGGACAAUGUAAAAAUAAUUAAACAACAGGUGCAUUUUGUAAUAUUUGUAAAAUAGAUUUUAUUUGUGCAAUUUGGUAUAAUAAUUAUAAUAUUAUAUUAUAGUUUUAAACCUGUAAAAGGUCUUUAUUUAUGGUGCUAAAAUUGUAUGCAUGGUGGUCACAUGAAAGAAAUGAAAAAUUGGUUUAAAAAUAAUACUUAAUGCCCUUUAGGGUGUGGGCAUAAUUGUUUUGAUAAAUGA